AUGGCUUGUGAUAGCGAUCUUGGACUUGCAGUUCUUAUUGACGCUGAAAAUGCGCAAUAUUCUAUGAUUGCACUGCUGCUUACAAAGAUCGCGAAAUAUGGUACAACUCAUGUGAAGCGCGCGUACGGUGAUUGGACCGAUCAUAGGUUGGAAGACUGGAGUAAUGAGCUUCUUCAUCGGUCUAUCCAGCCUAAGCAGCAAUUCGCGUACACUCGUGACAAAACACAUCCGACUCGGCCAUGA